UUACUCUCUUUUUCGUUUUGGCCUCUUUCUCUGCACCAGCACCACUCUCUUCCCUUCUCUCUCUCUCUCUCCACACAAAUCUUCGUCUCUGUCUUUGCUGCUCUCUUUACUUGGAUGCAUUGUACACUCUCCUUCUCCCCAUACUGCUUAUGGGCUCAGGGAGUCUUCUUUCUUAACCUCCACAUACACCAUAGCUUUUUCUGAUUUUCUUUCUAUUACUUGCUAAUGGAAUCUCUGUCAGUGAAUAAAUGGAUGGAAAAACCACAACCAGUCCUCUUCUGCUGAACCCAACUCGAAAGGAAAGCGUAACUGAUUUUGGGUUGAUAAGGCUUGGAGAAUAAAAGAACAAAAAGAAAGAAUCUUCAAGUGAUAAGUUUUAUGGACUGGAACCUCAAAGCAACUUCAUGGGAUUUGAGUGAUUUUGAGCAAGAACCUGUUACCAACAUAGAUAUUGGAAUUGAUGGGUCAAGCAGCCUUGGAGGCCCCAGGUCUAGAGGGAAUUUUUCUGUCGAUUUGAAACUUGGGCAAGUUGGUAAUUCAACUGAUGAGUCAUUAAAUAAGUGGAAGGAUCCUGGAGUGACGAAGAUGGAGUCUUCACCUUCAGGAUCAUCUAAGAGGGCACGGGCUACUAAUAAUGGGACUCAUACAGUUUCAUGCCUUGUUGAUGGCUGCAACUCAGACCUUAAUAAUUGUAGGGACUACCAUAGGCGCCAUAAAGUGUGUGAACUUCACUCAAAGACUCCUCAGGUUUUGAUUAAUGGUCAGAAGCAAAGGUUUUGCCAGCAAUGCAGCAGGUUUCAUUCACUGGAGGAAUUUGAUGAAGGAAAGAGAAGCUGCAGGAAACGGCUUGAUGGACACAACCGUAGGAGAAGGAAACCUCAGCCAGAUCCCCUCUCACGUAAUGCAGGUUUCUUGUCCAAUUACCAAGGUACUCAAUUUGUGCCAUUUUCCAGCUCACAUGUAUAUCCAUCAACCAAUGUGGUGAACCCCACCUGGGUGGGGGUUUUCAAUGCUGAGGCAGAUGCUUGGCAUUAUAGCAAGCACCAACAGUUACACUGUCCUGAGAAGCAGAAUAUUUUCCUUGGAUCCUUUCCGAGUAGUGGCUACAAAGUUGGAAAACAAUUCCCAUUCUUGCGAGGUGACAGUCCCUCUCUCAACAAUCAAACUCAUCAAGAAGCUUCUAUAUGCCAACCUCUUUUGAAGACCAUCUCUUUGUCAGAAAGCAGUGUGCGUGGCCACAAUAUGUUCUAUGACAGGUUGACAACUCGAGCUCAUGACUCGGAUUGUGCUCUCUCUCUUCUGUCAUCACCGCAGGCACAGACAUCAGGGAUCAGCUUGAACCACAUUGUGCAGCCUAGCUCAAUCCCUCUUGUGCAGCCCUUAGGCCCCGGCCUUAACAAACACAGUUUCGAGCCCAUGGAUUCCGUUCUGGUAUCUAACAGUAGGGAUGUUAGUGUUCACUGCCCUGGAAUGUUUCACGUCGGAUCUGACGAGUCAUCCUCUGGGAACGAAGCUCCUCAAACACUACCCUUUCACUGGGGAUAGUAACAAAUUCUGGUGCUUUCACCAGGCAAAAUAAACCUGGAUCCUCCCUGUGAUGAACCUGAUGGAAUUCACUGUUUUAAAAUUUGCGAGCUUGGUGAAAUUUUCUGGUUUUCAAUGGUAAUCAGCCCCGUUUUGGACUGUUCCCCGAGAUACUGCAAUAUCUAUCAUCAAAUGUUGGUUUUUUCCAUCCAGUUCCUGUUAGUCCUCGUCAUAAGACCAUUAACUCUUUUUUUUUUUUUUU